UGUUUCCUCUGUGCAAGCUUUCAUGGCGGCAUUUGCUGGCUUCAUCAUAACUUCCUCCUGCAAGCAUGUGAUGAAAGACAGGCAUUGGAUUUCCACAGACUACGUGGUGUUUGCCGUACCAUACAUGGCUUAUGACAUUUAUGCCAUGUACCUGUGUCACUGGUUCAAGCACAAGGCAAAACACAGCAACGGGUUGAAGACUUCAUCAACCAACAUUGUGAUAGACUUUCUGAAGAAAAAUUUCUUGAUUGUGCUACAUCAUCUCACGCUGUUACUCGUCUGCUUCCCCAUUGUUGUGGUGAGAUUUCAUCAUUCCACUCCAUUGUAAACAGAGAGUCUUGUCGGUCAUAUUUCCUGUGUCACACUGCAGAAUGGUACAAGUGUGAAAGGGCAUGACGUAUGUUUUUCUACAUUCUGGGCCAAGAAUCAGAAAUUUAUAAGCAUACUCCAAACUGCAAAUUUUGCACCCCCAAACACCCUAUAGCCCAAUCAACAGCACCUUCCAAACCAGUGACCUCUACCAACUAGAAGGACAAGGGCAGCACAUCAAUGGGAAAUCCACUACCUACAAGUUUGCCUCCUAGUCACUGGCUAUAAUCCUGAAAAAGACCCCUUUAUUCCCAUUCUCUGCCUUCUGCCAGUCAGCCAAUCCAUGCCAGUACCUUGUCCCUAACAUAGUUUUUUCUGACCUUUUUAGCAGCCUCCUUUGUAGCACCUUGUCAGUGGCCUUCUGGAAAUCCAAAUAGAUCAUGUCCACUGGCUCUCCUUUGUUUAAUUUGCUCAUUACCUCCCUAAAGAAUUCUAACAGAUUUGUUAGGCACGACCUCCCCUUGAUGAAACUGUGCUGACUUAGCCCUGUUUUAUCAUGUAUUACCAGGUACUCCACAAUCUCAUUCUUAACGAUAGUCUCUCUUCUUGUGUUUCCUUUUGUUUGUUUGGGACAUUUUCUCGAAUACCACAGACAAGCUACUUAUUGUGUGUAAAAAUUAGGGGGUGCGUUCCUCAGAUUUGCUCAGAUAUCAAGACACUAAACAAAACAAUAAUUUUCACUGUAACUCAGAACAAGUGACAACAAGUAAUCAAACUUGAACUCAAAACCAGGAAUUGCUGGAAAAACUCAGCAGGUCUGGCAGCAGCUGUGCAGAGAAAGCAGAGUUAACAUUUUGGGUCAAAUGACCCUAUCAUCAGAACUUGACACUAGCUAGAAAAAGGUUGGUAUAUGUGCUGAAGAUAGGGUGGGGGACAGGA